AAUACCGUAAACGGAAGCAGCCACGCCCAAUCAACAACGGCGCUCAUCGCGAUCGACCGUCGUCUUCGGCAGCAAAAUCCAGUCCGCCGUUCAUCUCCUAUCCCGCAUGAAGGUUGCCGGGAAACGCGGUGCCCAUGGCUAGCGGAUCGCUACGGAAGAAAUCCAACAAGCGAUCGGACAUGAAGCCCCACAUCCCUACGCUCUCCGCGAAGACGCCUCCUUCGAAACACAGAACGAUCCACAUACUAGUCACAGUUGUUAUCGUCGUCUGCGUUCUCGCUCUCUUUUUGGGCGUUUCCUUCAACAUCUGGUCUGUGGUUGAAUCGAACCCUCGCUCCUACCGAAUUUACUCCGUCCAAGUGGUCAACAAGUUUCCUCACGAUCCCGCUGCCUUCACUCAGGGGCUUUUGUAUGCUGGAAAUGAUACCCUGUUUGAGUCAACUGGCCUUAAUGGACGGUCCUCAGUUCGGAAAGUGGCUCUUCAGACUGGGAAGAUUGAGGCCAUGCACAAGAUGGAUAAUUCUUAUUUUGGAGAGGGCUUGACUCUUAUAGGCGAAAGGUUGUUUCAAGUAACUUGGUUGAAGAAUACUGGUUUCAUGUAUGACCGAAAUAAUUUAAGCAAAUUUGAGAAAUUUGCUCAUCAGAUGCAAGAUGGUUGGGGGUUGGCAACUGAUGAGAAAGUUCUGUUUGGAAGUGAUGGAACUUCAACAUUGUAUCAUAUUGACUCUCAAACAUUGAAAGUCCUUCAAAAACACACGGUCAAGUAUAAAGACCAUGAAGUACACAACCUCAAUGAACUGGAGUAUGUGAAUGAUGAAAUUUGGGCAAAUGUUUGGCAGACUGACUGCAUUGCCAUAAUAUCACAAAAAGACGGUCUUGUUCUUGGAUGGGUUCUUCUUCACAAUCUAAGGGAAGGCUUGAUAGCAGCUGGUGCAAGUGAUAUUGAUGUUUUGAAUGGCAUAGCAUGGGAUAAAUAUAGAAAUCGCCUUUUUGUCACAGGAAAGCUAUGGCCAAAGCUUUAUGAGAUCAAGCUGCAGCCUGUGAGGAUGCCAGUGCAUGGAGCCAUCGAGGGACUGUGCCUUCGCCCUCCAUUCCACUUUGUGAAACAGUAGAUUGGAAAUAACCAUCAAAACUGUGGUGCUGGAUCUGAUGAACUCGGAAUGUAAUGUCAUUCUUUGCCUGCGAAUUUCAACUUGCAGCCCGAAAAUAUAGCGUGGUUUGAGCCCUGCGAUCUUGUUUUAGCCCACCCAGUAUUCCAACUGUAGAAGGCCGUUAUUAACAGAAUGCCAGGAUGUACAGAGCCAUACAAGGGGAAGAGAGAAAGUUGUUAUGACUGUUGUGUGUUUGGAGUUCUGAGUGAUGCAUUGACAGUUGCUUGACUCUAUAAUUGCGUAGUCUUUUUUCUGUUGGCAGUUUAGGGAUGUCAGCGGGGUUGGGGAGGAGAGUGGGACCCUUUCCUAUCUCCAUUAUACUCAUAUUUUAAAAACAUUUUAUGUUAACUCUCAUUCCUUCCA